CAUGUGUGCGGUGAGAGUGGAGAAGCGCACUGUCAGUCAAGUGCGCUGUAUGGGGCGGUCUCUGCUCAGAGAUGUCUGAAUAUGUCAAGAAUCACUUCAGCUGCCGCACGCGUUUAAACAGCACUCCAUCACUUCCAGUGCCGAUACGAGGGAAGUGUUUCAUAUAUGCUGUUUAGCUUUAUAAGAUUAUGAGGGAUUCCUUUGCGAUUGCCGUGCGCAACGAGCCUACAGUGCAUAGGAGUGAAGGAAGAACCGCUGGAGCGCUGUCCAGCGUCCUGAAGUCAAGAAGCCAGAAGUGCUGAAGAGAGCACAGGCAUUCACAGAGGACUGUAUGUCUAUGCCGAUCAAGUCUUGAGAUGACUUGGAAAAGGCUGCGUUCUGUGGCUGUCUGGGGAUUCAUUGCGUGGGAAAUAGGAAUUCUGUUGAGUUUGGUAACAUCAAAAGAACAAGAAAACCCUCGAAGAAAAGCGGAAUCCAUGUCACCCUCUGUCUUCCUUGACAAGCUCAUGGGAAGAAUCUCAGGUUAUGAUGCCAGAAUAAGGCCCAACUUUAAAGGUCCGCCUGUGAAUGUAUCAUGCAACAUAUUCAUUAACAGUUUCGGCUCCAUUGCAGAGACAACUAUGGAUUACAGAGUGAACAUAUUCCUCCGGCAGCAGUGGAAUGACCCUCGGUUAGCUUACAGCGAGUACCCAGAUGACUCCCUGGACCUGGAUCCCUCUAUGUUAGACUCCAUUUGGAAGCCUGAUCUGUUCUUCGCCAACGAGAAGGGAGCGCACUUCCACGAGGUCACCACUGACAACAAGCUCUUGAGAAUAUUCAAAAAUGGAAACGUCCUCUAUUCAAUCAGAUUGACACUGACACUCUCUUGUCCAAUGGAUCUGAAGAAUUUCCCCAUGGAUGUGCAGACGUGCAUAAUGCAGCUGGAGAGUUUUGGAUACACAAUGAAUGACCUGAUCUUUGAGUGGCAAGAGAAGGGACCUGUGCAGGUGGCCGACGGACUGACCCUCCCACAGUUCAUCCUCAAGGAUGAGUCUGAUUUAAGAUACUGCACCAAGCACUACAACACAGGCAAGUUCACGUGCAUCGAGGUACGUUUUCACCUGGAAAGACAGAUGGGCUACUACCUGAUCCAGAUGUAUAUUCCCAGCCUGCUCAUCGUCAUCCUCUCUUGGGUCUCCUUCUGGAUCAACAUGGAUGCCGCUCCUGCCCGUGUCGCCCUGGGAAUCACUACAGUGCUCACGAUGACAACUCAGAGCUCUGGAUCCAGGACGUCCUUACCUAAGGUGUCCUAUGUGAAAGCUAUUGACAUCUGGAUGGCUGUGUGCUUGCUAUUUGUCUUUUCUGCCCUGUUGGAGUAUGCUGCAGUCAACUUUGUUUCACGGCAACACAAGGAACUCUUACGAUUCCGACGGAGAAGGAAGAAGUCUGGAAAGACUUUCGAUCAAACAUUUGAUGAGGAGCUUACCGAGUCAUUGCAUCGUAUCAAUGGCCUAUGCAGUGCCGAGCCUGUUUACGGAUCAAUGGGCCAACUCGACGAAUCCAAUGACUGGGAGGAGGAUGUACGGGAGAGCAGGUUGAGCUUUCCCAACGCAGGGAAAGACGGGGCUGUGCCCAAAGCCGCUAACAAUGCGGCCCCAACACCCUCUGACCCAGCCCUUGCUGCCAGCAAGAGUCAUGAGGAGAUGAGAAAACUCUUCAUCGACCGAGCCAAGAAGAUCGACACUGUGUCCCGUGCCGGAUUCCCACUGGCUUUCUUGUUUUUCAAUAUUUUCUAUUGGGUUCUGUACAAAAUCCUACGCCAUGAGGAUGUGCACAAGCAAUAGAUGGAACAUGGCGUGAUGCAGCUUGGGAAGUACUGUAAGUAACACAGUAAAGCUGCAUCAAUGAACUCUGAUGCUAUUACUGCUGUUCCUGCCAUCAUCUAUGCUGAAUUCUGAAAAUGACUAUGAAAAACUGUGAUGUCAAGGACCAGUGGUUACUUUCAAUAGUUUGUUUGUGUUGUGCACCCAUUCAAGGACACUGCGCUCGCUCACUAUGCAAUGGAUAGGCAUCUGUAAGGCCUCUGACCCACCUGUCCUUUAACAAACUACAAUAAAAGUGGACAGAACUUCCUCACACCUGUUUAACACAGGAGCACAGUCCGACACCGAUUACUGCCCCUUUAGAGACAGAUGUGUGUGUCUUGCACUGGUUUUGUC